AAUGAGCUGUCUUACUUGGGAUUAAACUAGGUAUACACUGUUUAAUGCGUCUGAAGACUGACAGUUACAAAUACAUAUAUAAAAUGUGCAGUAAUGAUUUUCUGCCUUAUUUCGCAUCUGGUCAAAUAGUCAAAGGUUUUGGCAGAGGAUCUAAAGCUUUAGGCAUACCUACAGCUAAUUUUUCUGAAGAUGUUGUUGCUCUACUUCCAAAAGGAUUUAAAACUGGAAUUUAUUAUGGCUGGGCCGUACUCGAGGGACAAAUUUAUAAAAUGGUUAUGAGUAUUGGAUGGAAUCCAUUCUAUCAGAAUGAAAAAAAGUCUAUGGAGGUCCAUAUCCUUCAUAAAUUUGAUCGAGAUUUGCAUGGACUGGAAUUAAAAGUUAUUAUCACUGGAUUUAUUCGACCAGAAAAAAACUUUGAUUCAGUUGAUGCCUUAAUAGCAGAAAUUAAUAAUGACAUAAAAACAGCUGAUCAACUUUUGGACAAGCCUGAAAUGAUUGCAUACAAAUCUUCAGCAUUUUUAACUAAUUAAUAUUUAGUUACCAAUUUUUUGAUAUUUUUAGCAUU